GUGGAAAGUCAUCUUCAAAUGUAAAUGAUUGUGCAAGUGAAAGGCUGCACUGAUUGGAUCUGGGCCAGAUAGCUUUCUCUGUCAAUUCCCAAGUUCCCUCCCACUUACAGACAAUAACUCAGGAAAGGCUCUAUUAGCUAAUGUUGUUCUAAAGCAAUCCUGCAUUGCUUGGUAACCACAAAGCUGAAAAUGGAAACAGAGUGGUCCAGAAUUUGUAAAGUAGCCUUUUUGUUUCGUGGUAUAAUUGUGCUUUAAAGAUCAUGCAGUCUGCAGAAAUAGUAGAACCAAGUAUAUAUAAGUAUGGAAAAUAAAGCAAAUAAUUCUGUACCCAUGGCAGUAGCUCCUGGAAACCCUGGACUACAGCCACAAUAUGGACUACAGCCACAAUAUGGACUACAGCCACAAUACGCUCAAGGAAUGGCUCCUGGACUACAGCCACAAUACGGUCAAGGAAUGGCUCCUGGACUAAAGACACAGUAUGCUCCUGGGAUGGCUCCGUACCCAGCUCCACAAGCUUUCCCCGGUGCUCCCGGGCAGCCUCCAUAUGCAUUUCCUACAGCUUAUGGAGCUCCAGCAACCUAUGGCCAACCUGCUGUUUGGAUGCCAGAACCACCUUCUAUUCCAAAUUGCCCUCCUGGAUUGGAAUAUUUAAGUCAGAUUGAUCAGAUAUUAAUCCAUCAGCAAAUUGAACUUCUGGAAAUUAUUACUGGCUUUGAGACUGCCAACAAAUAUGAAAUUAAAAAUGCUAUGGGGCAAAGGGUCUACUUUGCAGCUGAGGAAAACGACUGUUGCACUUUGAACUGCUGUGGACCAUCACGACCAUUUACAAUGAAAAUCAUGGACAAUAUGGGCCGGGAAGUCAUAAACCUCAUACGACCUCUGCGAUGCACCGGUUGCUGCUUUCCUUGCUGUUUACAGGAGCUUGAAGUUCAGGCUCCCCUAGGCACACCAGUUGGAUAUAUUAAACAGACCUGGCAUCCUUGUUUGCCAAAAUUUGUAAUACAGAAUGAAGCCCGGGAAGAUGUACUUAAAAUUGUUGGGCCCUGUGUAGUCUGCAGCUGUUGUUCAGAUAUUGAUUUUGAGGUAUUAUCUUUAGAUGAGAACAGUGUUGGAAAAAUUUCCAAGCAGUGGACUGGUUUCGUAAGGGAGGCUUUUACAGAUGCUGACAACUUUGGAAUCCAGUUUCCAAUGGAUCUUGAUGUGAAAAUGAAAGCUGUUAUGCUUGGAGCUUGCUUCCUUAUAGAUUUCAUGUUUUUUGAACAAUCAGGACACAAGGGGCAACAACGUGCUGGAGUCUGGUAACAGAGUACAGUCCUCAUUGUAGGAACUUAUAGUGAAGUAGUUUCAGCAUUUUUAUUUUCAGUGGAUGUCUCUUAUAAGAGAUUUUCAUUAAACAUUCUUUUUCUUUUGGCAUUAUACAAUAAUGCCAUAAUGCUUCUACAUAAGUAGGAUUUCAAAUUACUUUAAAAUUUUGAAGCUAUUUUAGAAUUAAUCGUUACGUAUAACGACACAUUGAAAUGAUUAUAAGUGUUUAUAUUAAAAGUGAGGUCUUACCAUGCAUCCUCAACAUUUUUGUCAAAUAUUGUUAAUGUGAAUAUUAUACUUUGUACUGUAACUUGAAGUAAUAAUCAAAUUUAUAUUUUGUACAUAUAAAGUAAUUUUUUUAAAAUAAGGAUUUUGAAUAUUUCUUAAGAUAGAUCACAUUUUCCAUUACAGUACAGAUUGAAUCUGAUAGUGUCUGUAAGACUGAACAGAUGUGUAUGCAUUUUUAUCCUUCGUGUGCAGAAAUAAAAAUAGUGUACCAGGAAGAAUAUCACUUUUACAACUAUUUUGCAAACAGUUGAUUGCCACAAUGUUGGAGUAUGACUAUAGUACAGUAUUGUAAAAAUAUGAAUGUACUGUACUUUUUGAGUGAUCUCUUCCUAAUUUUUUUAAAUGUUUCCUACCCUGAUUCUUGUUAUAGGAUUAUGAUACAUACUAACAUUUUUUU